GAGAAUCCGAAAGAAGUUUGCCGUUUGCUUUGAGAAUCGCCAGUUGAAAAUGGAGUCGAUUAACACGAAUGAAACUCCCAAUUCCCAAAAUAAAGCUGAGCAGAAAAACCAGAAUUCCAAAAAGAAGAAGACCAAGGAAGGAGAGUUGAAUUUAUUGGGAUACCCUAUAGAUGGGAUAUCAAUAGCGGGUCACGAGACGUGCAUAAUACUCCCCACGCUCAACUUAGCAUUUGACAUCGGCAAGUGUCCUCAACGCGCUAUCUCCCAGCAGUUUCUCUUCAUCUCCCAUGGCCACAUGGACCAUAUAGGAGGACUGCCCAUGUAUGUUGCGACCCGUGGCUUAUACCGAAUGGCACCCCCAACAAUUAUUGUGCCAAAAGUCAUAAAAGAAAGUGUGGAAAAGAUAUUUGAAGCUCACAGGGCAAUGGACCACUCCGAGCUUAAGCAUACUCUUAUUGGUUUGGAUGUGGGUGAAGAAUAUAACUUAAGAAAAGACCUUAAAGUGAGAGCUUUUAGGACUUACCAUGCCAUUCCUAGCCAGGGUUAUAUAGUUUAUUCUGUGAAACAGAAACUUAAGCAGGAAUAUAUUGGACUAUCAGGAGAGGAAAUUAAAAAAUUGAAGCUAUCAGGCGUGGAGAUCACCUACACAACUACAUCACCUGAAAUUGCUUUCACGGGAGACACUAUGUCCGACUUUAUUACUGAUCCCGACAACAUUGAUGUCUUAAGGUCAAAGAUCCUCAUUAUGGAGAGCACCUAUGUUGAGAAUUUAACAACAGUGGCCGAUGCAAGAGAAUAUGGACACACUCAUUUGUCAGAGAUUAUCAGUUAUGCUGACAGGUUUGAGAAUAAAGCAAUUCUUCUAAUUCACUUUUCAGCUCGUUAUCAGUUAGAUGUCAUUGAAGAUGCUGUUUCUGCAUUGGCUCCACCUUUGGCAGGACGAGUUUUUGCCCUCGCUAAAGGAUUUUGAUGUAUGAUGAAGCUCCAAGUUUUCACAGCGUACAUCCAACUGCUGUAGACGGAGGGAGAGAUAACCGGCUACUUGGCUUCCAAGAAACCAAGGCAUGCAAUGGCACCCUGGCUCAAGGACUUCAUCAAAUUUGCCAAACCGCUCCUUGAUAGCAACCUUAGAUUGAUCUACUUGUACACAACACAAUAGAUUUCCCAUUUCCUACUCAAAUUGCAGCAAAAUUGAUAUAAGAUAUUACGGGUGACAGAAUAUUUUUUCUAUAUCUGAACUACAUCGUAAAAUAAUUUGUCAAUGAUAUGUUUUCAAUGAAAAUUCAAAUA